AUGGAACGAAAGAACCAUACCUCUAAUAAUGCCACCAUCGACUUGGGGGAAAAAAUCAGGGAUGUACUUAGGAGAUUGGAUGAUGAAGACGAUUCGGAAGAUGAGGGGAUUGAGGAUUAUGAAAUCGGAGGCUAUCAUCCCGUCCACAUUGGAGAAGUUCUGCUAAACCGAUAUGUGGUGAUCCAAAAGUUAGGAUGGGGGCAUUUUUCAACGGUUUGGCUCUGCAAGGACUUUAAACACAAAACCUACGUUGCUGUAAAGAUCCAGAAGAGCUCAUCUCAGUACAUGGAGGCGGCCUUUGACGAGGUUUAGAUCCUGCAGAGAAUAUAAUAGAAAUGCCACAGCAAGUAGUGGGGAAGCAGGGAGGAAUCGCAUGUGGUGGGACUCCUCAAUGCCUUUGUGCAUAAAACGUACUGUGGAAAUCACUUUUGCAUGGUGUUUUAGACUAGCUGCAACCUGCUGGACGUUAUCAAGAGAUAUAACUACCAAGGAUUGCCUAUGGAUGUCUGCCAGGAAAUAUCGAGACAAGUUCUCGUAGGCUUGGACUUUCUGCACAGAGUCUGUGGAGUCAUUCACACUGAUCUAAAACCAUAAAACGUAAUGGUCGGCCUCAGUGAUGCUGAAUUGAAGGAAAUAGUAUAGCAUGGACAACUGGCCAACGGUUAA